CGUUGAUAAAACUUCAGUUAAAUUUUAUGUAUUUCAUUGUGUGCCUUGUAAUGUUACGGUUGAAAUGUUUGUGUAUUGUCACUGUCAACCAGUGUAUUUGUUUAUGUUGAAAAAUGAUUGAAGAUUUUCCUGACGAAUUUUUCAUCGUUUUCAGACCACAGGAUCAAGCAGACCAUUUGGGUUUAUUCAAAGAUAUUUCCGAAAUUUGGAGAGAUCCUCCAGGGGAACCGCAGCCUGAUGAAGAUGGAGAUAUGGUAACGCGGGAAACGUUGCCCAAUGCUCUAUCCAACAUAUUUUACAGUGAAAUGCAAACACCAGAAAUGACGAAUUUGGGACAAAUAUUAUUAGCAAAUAAUAUAGAAGAUAAAUUAACAGAUUCAACAGUGAGUAGACUAUCCCUAUCUCACGAAAAAUUAGAACAAAUGCCUAAAAUGAUAUGCCAGGAGUUUGGAGCGGACAUAAAAAUACUGGACCUCAGCUAUAAUAAUUUUAGGAACGUAGAUUUUUUGGAAUAUUUUGAAGAGCUGACAUCACUUAUACUCGACAGAAAUCCUAUAAACGUAUUAGAAACUAAUAUUCCGUUUAUGCCAAAAUUAGAAUUACUAUAUUUAAAUUUUUGUAAAAUAGACGAAAUCUUCUGGGUAGAAAGUCUAAGGUAUAACUGCCCUAAUUUGAAGUACUUAUCACUAAUGGGUAAUCUAGUGGCUCCAUCCCCAUUAAACGGUGGAUCUAUAUAUGACUAUUUGCGAUAUAGGCUAUAUGUUAUAUCAAUUCUGCCAAAGUUGAUACAUUUAGACGAUAAAUACAUCACUGAUGAGGAAAGAAAUGAAUCAAAACAUAUGUUUCCGUCUCCUUUUUUUCACGGAAUGUUUAGACAUACUAAAGCAAGGCUACCUCACUAUCUAAGGACAUUGACUGAGAAAGUAGGCGAUUAUUUUUCUGGGGGUAGUAAAGUAGGUUCUAGUAAGAAUACAAAUCUAGUGAUAUAGACUAAUUUCUGUUAAGAUAAUAAAUAUGUUUUAUUUUUGUAUGUCUAUUUUUGUAAUAUUUAUAUUUUAAAUUGUGUAUAUACGGAUUUUUUUAUGAUAUAUAAU